AUGCAAAAAAAUUAGCUUAAUAAACACAUACACAUGUAACAAGAUUACUCAACUCCACGCUUCCUACAUUUAUUGAACCACAACCACACCUCACUACGUCUUGUGAAAGUACAGCAAAGAGAAAGUGAGGAUCAUGUUAGUUGAACAUAUACAGUCCAACUGUGUGCGUAUAACUAACUAGCCAACCGGUUGAGUAUUGAGCUCGUACAAAAACUUUCUUUAACCCACUUUCGUAUUCUCGCGACGAUCUUUCGCCAUUCACCGUCGUUUCGGCUCCAGUGUGUAUAGUUUGGUAGUCAGCAGUGGUGUGUGCCCUACCAUCGAUCCCAGUGUGAUCCCUGUGUGCUAGUGGUGGGAUAUUCUCGUGGGGGUACACUUUGUGAAGCAGACAAGUGGGACACAGCUUAUUAUUUUUCUCCUCCCGCUACGGCGGCUCAUAAUUGGAUGCAGUAUGUGUGAUAUGCAGAAAAUGCCUACACAAGAUGAUGCCUCUUGUGAGGAAGACUCGGAGAUGAAUUUUGCAGCAUUCUCAGCCAUGGGGGCUGGUACACACUUUGUGACCACAAACGGACAGUUGCCCGUCACAACAAAAUUACAACAAAAUCCUAAUAAUGGAUCACAGCUACCUCAGGUAGUUGGUAUGGUAGGUGGAGUGAACAUGGGCGAGGGUGUGCAGUACCUCCACAGUCUGGACGGCACGGCGCUGCAGGCCACGCCACAGCUUAUAUCCGUGCCUAUAGCCUUGCCAGGUGCUAAACCGGGUGACCCGCAACCAACAGUGCAGAUACGGGUGUUAAGUCCAAACAUAAUACAGCAACAGCAACCCAAAUAUCAGAUGCAAAUCCCUAUACAAGGUUUUCAGCAAGGUGGCACAGUAUUUACAGUAGCAUACUCGCCUGAAGCAAAUGAUGGCAUCCAACUACUGGGAAAUUCACUACCUGAAGGUACAUUCAGGAUAAGACCAGGCUUGCAGGUGGUGACCGCCAUGCCGCAGGACAUGCAGCAGCUGAUGCAGAGCCAGGACAAUAAGGAGCAAGUGCCGCAGACUAUGCAGCAUCAGGUAUUCAUAACUCAAAACCAACAAAUAGUGAUAAGCAACGGCGAGGACGUGAAGCAGGUGAUGAACAACAACACGACAAAUAAUAAUAACAACAAUGAUGUAGCUGAUAUCAUCAUCAAGGAGGAGGAGUGCGAGGACAAUGAUGAUGACGACUCGCAAGGCACAGAGAACAGCGACGGCAUGCCGUGGCAGCUGUCCAGCUCGCAGCAGGACCUCGUCAAGUAUCUCAACACACUGCCUCCACAGCAAACCCAAGCCCUGCCCGUAUCACUUCAGCAGUUCUUACGGCUCAAUCCUGCAGAAGCUAAAAAGAUGGAGAGCAUUGAAGUGGAGCUUACUCCCAUCAAGACUCAGGCGGAAGAUAAGAAGGAUAAUGCUGAUGUCUCUAUGGAUGAAGGCGGCGGCGCGGGGUCGGGCGGCGCGAAGAAGAAGAAGAAGUACAAGAAGAAGGGGAAGGGCGUGGCGCGGCCCAAGCCCGGGCAGGUCAUCAUCGCCACGGCCGCCGACGGCUCGCCCAUCUUCUGCUGCCCCGAGUGCCAGCUGGCCUACCCCGACAAGGAGCAGCUCGAGGCCCACCUCGCCGUGCACAAGAUCGAGCGCCGCUUCAUCUGCGGCAUCUGCGGCGCCGGCCUCAAGCGCAAGGAGCACCUCGAGCGGCACAAGCUGGGCCACAACCCCGAGCGGCCCUACGUGUGCGGCGUGUGCGGCAAGGGCUUCAAGCGCCGCGAGCACCUCAACCUGCACGUGGUCAUCCACUCGGGCGUCAAGAGCGAGCUGUGCGGCGAGUGCGGCAAGGGCUUCUACCGCAAGGACCACCUGCGCAAGCACACGCGCUCGCACGAGACCAAGCGCGCGCGGGACGAGGCCGGCGCCGAGCCCUUCGACCUCAAGCCCGCGCCCCAGCCGCUCGCCAACAGCACCGCGCUCAUGCCGGAGAUCACCAUACAUGUGCCCACCAGCUCGAACAUGCAAGUGCCAGUACAAAUAAACAUCCCGCAGCACGUGAUGUCGUCGCUGGCGGCGGCGCAGGCCCGCGGGGCCCCGAGCCCCGGCGCCGGGGGCCCCGGGGGCUCCGGGGGCUCCGGCUCGGGCUCCGGGGCCUCCAGCGGCGAGUCGCAGCUCGACGCGCUGCUCGCGCAACACACGUGACACUUGGAUGCCACUGAUAUAAUAGACAGCGAAGAUGACAACGUCGGCGCGAGCGGAACCCGCAACAUCGCUUGCACAUAACGGGAUAUACACGCACUACUCGAAGGAAUACCCACUACCUAUCAUUCAAAUUAUGUACUUGCUUUUCUCUUAUGAAAAGAGUCUGCACAAAUCCUCCGUAAGUCCCAAACGGGGAAACAAAUCUUAAUCAACAACCACCGACGAAAUGUCACGGUAUUAAUACGAGUUAAAAUGAAAUCGCUUUAAGGACAAAAUAAAUACUCCAAUUAGUAUAGUUCUCUUUAUAAAAUUAAUUAAUUGUUAAGCCUUCGAAACCAUGAACACUCGUGUAAAAUUGAUAAGUUAUUUGUACAUACUUAGUGAUAAGUAAUCGGAUUUGAAUCACAUAAGAUUGAGAGCACACGUCGGAACUUGUAAAAGUGUUUGUCAUGUGCCCUCUACAUAAUGGGCAGCGUUGGGCGAAUAGAGGCAAUCACGAUAGCGUAGAGGACCUAAGGCUGGUUGCAGAGCUUGACCGACUAUCAGUGCGUACCGUCGGUCC